AACACACACAGCUACACCACACUUCUACGAUCAACUCUUCGUUAAAUCCGCCAUAGACGCCAUCUAUCCAUCGCAUGCACUAAGUCUCCACUAGGAGCCAUCAACAUUCGAUUCAAAUCCAUCUGCGGGGAUAUUCUCAACUCUCUCCACGGCAAUGGCUUCCACAAUCGCGGUGCCUUCGAUUUCGCUCGCCAAAGCCGCGUUUGGCGCUUCAGAAUCCUUCAGGAGCUCCAGGUGCUUGGGUUUCAAGAACGAGAUCCGAAGGGUUUCCGGUUUGAAUUUGGAGAAGUCUAGGGUUUUCAUGAGCGCAGCUGUCGGAUCGAGUGCGACGAUUGCUGUUGAUGAUGCGUUGUUCAAGGACUACAAGCCUUCUUCUGCUUUCCUCUUUCCUGGUCAGGGUGCACAGGCUGUUGGUAUGGGGGUGGAAGCUCAGAAAGUGCCUGCUGCAGCUGAAUUAUACAAGAGAGCCAAUGACAUUCUAGGGUUUGACCUUUUGGAUAUAUGCAUUAAUGGGCCAAAAGAGAAGCUUGAUUCCACUGUUCUAAGUCAGCCAGCUAUCUAUGUGACAAGUUUAGCCGCAAUUGAGGUGCUCCGAGCUCGUGAUGGAGGUCAGCAAAUAAUUGAUUCGGUUGACGUAACAUGUGGUCUAAGCUUAGGAGAAUACACUGCUCUUGCAUUUGCCGGGGCUUUCAGCUUUGAUGAUGGGCUGAAGCUAGUCAAGUUAAGGGGUGAAGCAAUGCAGGAUGCUGCCGAUGCUGCCAAAAGUGCCAUGGUCAGUAUCAUAGGGCUUGACUCUGCCAAGGUGCAACAGCUUUGUGAUGCUGCCAAUGAAGAAGUAGAUGAAGCAAAUAAAGUUCAAAUCGCAAAUUUCCUUUGCACUGGAAACUAUGCUGUAUCUGGAGGUCUUAAAGGAAUCGAAGCAGUUGAAGCAAAGGCGAAAUCAUUCAAGGCCCGAAUGACAGUUCGGUUAGCUGUGGCCGGUGCAUUCCACACCGGUUUUAUGGAACCAGCCGUUUCGAGACUAGAAGAUGCUUUGGCAUCAACAGUAAUCAAAACCCCCAGAAUACCUGUUAUCUCAAAUGUAGAUGCCGAGCCGCAUGCAGAUCCAAACACCAUCAAGAAAAUACUUGCUCGUCAGGUGACUUCUCCAGUCCAAUGGGAGACAACGGUUAAGACUUUGUUGAGCAGAGGACUGAAAAAGAGCUACGAGUUAGGACCUGGAAAGGUCAUAGCUGGCAUUGUCAAAAGAAUGGAUAAAGGUGCUGUUAUUGAGAAUAUUGGCGCGUGACACAUCGUGAAGGUUCUUAGCACUAUAGCUGGUUUGAUGCUUUCGUGAGGUUUUUCUUGUCAGAUGAACUUGUUCUUCAGUUUGAGAAUAGGAGCUUCAUAGUUUAUGAUUGUGUGUGUGUGUGUUUGGGUUAUUUGCUUGUAUUUGUAGCUUUCAGUGUUUUAGAAUAGGUUUAAUUACAGUACCAAUGAGCAAGGCGGAAGGAAAUAAUGCCAAGCAAUUGUUUCUGAAUUUGUAAGACAUUGUUGAGGUCAAGAUAUGGGAUUUGACAAUUUUAUACCCUAGUUUUACAUACCAAUUAUUUAUAACUACUAUUCUAGUAUUUUUAUGUUAUGCCAACUUUUA